AGUAAAGCCUUUGCGCGCCUUCUUGGAAACGCGCCGUCAUGGAAACACUCCUGCAGCACCUGGAACGUUUCUCUGAGGUUCUGGCUGUCUCCCGCACUAGCCAUGUCGGCACCUGGGAUCCCGCCACUGUACGCAGGGCCUUGCAGUGGGCUCGGUACCUGCGCCAUAUCCACAGGCGCUUUGACAGCCAUGUGCGCAUUCGCACAACUUUGGAGCGGCGGCUGCAAAACCAGUGGAGGCAGGUGGGCGGCUCCGGCCCCGCUUCAGUCCCCGGGUUGACGAACUUCCAGGCGUUGGGGAGCUGUGACCUCCUGCUGUCUCUGCGCCUGCUGGAGAACCGGGCUCUCGGGGGUGCUGCCUGUCGUUACCUGCUGCAGCAACUCUUUCCGGGCCCUGGCGUCCCGGACGGCGACGAGGAGACGCUCCAAGGCCGCCUGGCCCUCCUUGCCCGCCGCCGGUCAGCUGUCCAUAUGCUGAGUAUCAGCUGCCGAGAGAACCCGGUCCUUCUGGAGGACUCAGUGAUGAAGACUCAGGCGGAGCUGCUGCUGGAGCGUCUGCAGGAGGUGGGGAAGGCCGAAGCGGAGGGCCCCAGCCGGUUUCUCAGCAGCCUGUGGGAGCGCUUGCCUCGGGGCAACUUCCUGAACGUAAUAGCGGCCGCGCUGCGGCUAACGCCGUCGUCUUCCCCACCCCAGGAAGAGGAGUCGGAACUGGGUGCCCCCAAAGCACCCAGAGAAGGGAGUCAAGAGUUGGUCCGUUGGCUGCUGGGGAAGCCAGAUAUCCUGGCUACCUUUUGCCGCAACCUUCCAGCCGGGCUUUUAACUUCAGUCGUAGGCCGCCAUCCAGAGCUGUCCCGGGUCUACUUGAGUCUGCUGAAAACCUGGGGUCGACAUCUGCAUUACGACCUUCAGGAAGGCGUUUGGGUUAGAGCUGAGCCCCAGGAUGUGUCCUGGGAGGAAUUGUACGGCAGGUUUCAAAGCCUCUGUCAGGCCCCUCCACCUCUGAAAGAUGAAGUUCUAACUGCCCUCGAGUCCUGUAAGGCUCAGGAUGGCGAUUUCCAAGUCCCUGGUCUUAGCAUCUGGACAGACCUGUUGUUAGCUCUUGGGACUGGCUCAUAAUUCCAUCUGAGAAAACAGCCCAGGCGCCAGUGGGCCACGCUCUGUUACUGAUUACUUGAGUAUAUGGAUUACAAAAUUAAAAUUACAUUGUUUCCACCAAAUCUCCUAUACUUUCAUGUGCCCAGAAUAUUCUUUUAUGUGCUAAUUUAUAGUAGGUGUAAUUAUAAUCUACAAUUAUAAAUAUGUAACUGGCUUUUCUGGGUAGAGGAGGUGACACUGGAAAUAUCCUGUUUAAAGCCCUAGAAUUAACAGUAGUUUGCUUUUUAGAACGUCCAUUUCUAAGAAGAAUGAAAAGAUAAGUACUUUUCAAAGAAAAGACAGUUUUAAAGUGACACCUUUUUUCUAAAUGUAUGGUUUACUUUUGUAGGGUCCCCCUCAUCCCCUCAGUAGUGAAGAGUUUUCUUUAACCAACAUAUGUUGGCAGAAAUGGUUAGAAAGCUAAGUGGCCUAUUUGGAGUUUGACUCCUGGGCCUUGACCUUGUUAAACUAAAGUUAAAACCAAUGAACAAGCCUCAACAUGUAUUAAAAUUAUGUUUUUCAGAAAGUUUGUUUCUCAUUUCUGUAAAUUACUACUCUGAAAUUGAAAGACCAAAAAAUUAUUUUCUUAAGGACAAGAAAAAAACUGUUACAGUAAACACAAAUAUAUGCCUUUGGAUAUUAAUUUAGCAUUUGAUGGUAGAAGAAUCAAAACAAAUUUAUGAAUUUGAAGACAGAUUUUAGUGCUGCUUCUGCCAUUGACCUGCUUAAUAAAUUGCCAUCUUGGUGUUACAGUUGCCUCAUGUUAAAUGAAGUGUUUAGACUAAAAUAGUUCCCUUGUUUUUCCCUUGAUGGCUAUCCUCUGGGGACAGUUUAGAAUGUUUCUUUAUAGUGUAGGUAAGAACAUUAAUUUUGUGAGUUGACCCAGAUGCUCCACAACUGGCAGAGUGAUUUCCAAUCACCAAACUUAAAAAUGAUCUAUUCAUUCGUAUUGAUUAAAGGGAACUUUUUAUCCAUUAAAGAUAUUUUUGUCCAUGUCCAAGUUGGUACCAAGUUCUUUGGAAAACAUUGAUAUUCAGAAAGUUAAUUCUUCAUUUCAGAAAUGGAAUUAGAGCAAAAGAAGUUGUAUAAUAUUGUAGAAUUUUUAAUUCUCUAAUAGCACAUAGAGUAAACUUCCACUAGCGAGUACGCUUUUCCAGGUGAUCCUGGGUUAACACAAGCAGGCUCUUAUUUCCUGUUGUCUAAUUCCUUACUCUAGCUCUCAUCUGUCUCAUCUGUGGAGCAUCUUCUAGAUUGCAUUUACCUUGCAUUCAAGAAGAAAGGCAAUUCCUUCUGUCAGUUACAUAGAAAUCUGAUUUCAGGAAACAACCCAGUAAAGAGUUCUACCCUCUCAAGUCCUAAUAUUGACCAUAAUCCUGAACUUGCAAAGAAUGAUAGUUUGUAAACUUGCUUCCCUGUUUCUGUGGCUACAUUGCACAGUCAUAUAAGAUAAAAUGAUAAAAAUUGGUACAAACUUUUAAGUAAAGAAAAAAUUUUAAUCCAUUUUUAUUCUUGCCAUAUCUUAGUUUAGGCUCCAAGCUAUGUUCAUUGCAUAGAUAAUCUUAUUUAAUUUU